UUGUUCAUUGUCUAGAGUUCCAUAUUGUGUCAAUGAAGACCGCAAGCCCAAAUGGAAACUCAUUGCUUGCUCCCGUCAUGUUUCUUCCUUUCUUCUUCAUUGCCUGUUGCACAGUCCCCUCCUCUGCUGAUAAGCCAUCAUAUUACAUGCCCCCUGACAGCAUUGCAGUGGAUUGUUCUCCAUCAGUUUCACCACUUGAUGCUGGAUUCCCUAAUGAUAAAAAAUAUGAAAUUGAUUUCUCAACAGUUUCAAGAGUAUACGCCGUAGAUCCUAGCAGCAGCGAAAAACCGAGAAUUUCUGCUUGCAUCUUCUACAAGCAGUUCAACUGGUCAUUUAGUGUCUCUGAUGGCCCCAAGUUCAUUCGACUUUACUUCAAACUAGUCACAUAUUCAGGGUUAAACAUAUCUAAGGCCUUGUUCUCCAUCAACGUUGGUCCGUAUACACUAAUAACUACUUCAGAGUCAUCCUAUUCUAAAUAUUCCCCAAAUAGUGAUUAUGCUAUCAGGGAAUUCGGUGUCAAUAUGAAUGGCCAGAUAUUAAAUGUAACUUUCACCCCUUCACCUAAGGUUUUCGGUGCCUAUGCUUUUAUCAACAAGAUUGAGAUAUUCUCAAUGCCAUCAAAGCUUUACAUACAAGAAGAUGCUCCAUUUUCACUUGUAGGACAGCCUUCUCAUUAUUUCAUGAGGAAUUCUACAGCCCUCGAGAUGAUGUACAGGAUGAACAUAGGAGGAGAUGUGAUCUCUGAUCUAGAAGAUACUUGCAUGUUUCGUCGCUGGACCAGGGAUGAUGAUUAUUUCACGAGUAAUGAUGGAAACACAAGUAUUGUUGAAUCAGAAGUUGAAGUCAACUCGAGUUUGCUGGUGCCCACAUAUGCUGCUCCACUCCAAGUUUAUACCUCUGCCAGGACAAUUCUACACACAUCUGAAAGCAAAUACCGAGCCACAUGGUUGUGCCCAGUCGAUCAUGGUUUCUAUUACCUUGUUAGGCUCCAUUUCUGCGAGAUUUCGAGAAUAAUUAAGCGAGGCGGUCAACGAGUUUUCAGCAUUUAUAUCAACAAUCAAACUGCUGAGGAUCACGUAGAUGUUUUCAAUUGGAGCCAUGGGACUGGAAUUCCCAUUUACAGAGACUACAUAGUGAACUUUUCAAGGUAUGGUGAAGGCAUAGAGUAUCUAUCUGUUGCAAUAGGAAGUUAUAAUGGAUCAUCUGCAGAAUAUGGCCGUCCAAUUUUAAACGGGCUGGAAAUUUUCAAGUUGUCUGACAUUUCCAACAAUCUUGCGGGUAUUCAUCCAUUUGGGAUAAUAGUUGCCUCGCAUCCAAAUUUUUGUGUACGCAAUGAUGCGGUGAUUUCCCGGGUAUGCACUGGUCUUUUGUUUGCUCUUACGGCAAUAGGAUUGCUGGGCCUCUUUUGUUUAUUUUUUUCCUCUCUUUCAAAGGAGCAGCGUGAAUCCUCUAAGCAAGAUCAAUCCUCAGGCCGCUGCCGAACUUUUACAAUUGCUGAGACAAAAUCAGCAACCAAUAAUUUUGCAGAUAACUUACUCAUUGGAAACGGUGGGUUUGGGACAGUCUACAAGGGAUCAAUUGAUGGUGGCAUAUCAAGCAUCGCUAUAAAGCGCGCCAAUCCAAGUGCACACCAGGGUUUGAAAGAGUUCCAAACUGAAAUCUCCAUGCUCUCAAGGCUCAGGCACAGCCACCUAGUAUCUUUGAUCGGAUAUUGCAUGGAGGAAAAAGAAAUGAUACUCGUUUAUGAGUAUAUGGCUCAAGGCACACUGCGUGAUCAUCUCUACAAGACACAGAAACCCCCUCUUCAAUGGAAACAGAGGCUUAGGAUUUGUAUUGGUGCCGCACGAGGGCUGCACUACCUUCACACGGGUGCAAAACAUACUAUCAUUCACCGUGACAUCAAGAGCACUAACAUCUUGUUGGAUGAAAAAUGGGUGCCAAAGGUUUCAGAUUUUGGGUUAUCAAAACUUGGUCCUAACAACAUGACAGAGUCUAAGACACAUGUUUCAAUAAUUGUUAAAGGUAGUUUCGGCUAUCUGGAUCCAGAGUAUUAUCGACGUCAAAAACUAACUGAAAAAUCUGAUGUGUACUCAUUCGGGGUGGUGUUGUUUGAGGUUCUAUGUGCUAGGCCUGCUGUGAUCCCUAUGGGAGAAAUUGAAGAGGAAGAGCAUGAAAAAGUGAGUUUAGCUGAGUGGGCAUUGCAUUGCUGUCAAAUGGGGACCCUUGAUCAGAUAAUCGAUCCAUAUCUAAGAGGUAAGAUAGUUCCUGACUGUUUCAAGACUUUCACAGAAAUAGCAAGGAAAUGUUUGGCGGAUAGGGGAAGUGAAAGGCCGUCAAUGGGUGAUGUAUUGUGGAAUUUGGAGCUUGCAAUGAAGCAGCAGGAAGGUGCCGGCCAGCAAGAGGCCGGCAGUGUUCGAAAAGAGGUCAAUCGGAGGAAGAAUGAUGAUUUGUCCAUAAUGAUUGAUGGUCAACGCUGCAGUGGCUUUGAUAUUUCAGAUCCAACCCCAGGGGUGGAGUUUUCUGAGAUUAUGUCUCCGACUGGACGUUGACAUUUUCAUGUCCAUUUCCAAUUCCAUUU